GCUUUUGGUCAGGCUCAUACCAACCACAAGAAAGUAGCAGCAGAUGGAGAAAGCAGAGAGGAGACUUUGAUACAGGAAUCUGCCACGAAAGAAGAAUACUACAUGAAAAAGGUUAUGGAACUACAGACAGAACUCAAGCAGCUGAGGAAUGUCCUUGCCAACACCCAGUCUGAAAAUGAACGCCUAAAUUCAGUUGCCCAGGAACUGAGAGAGAUUAAUCAAAAUGUUGAGAUCCAGAGAGGUCGCUUACGAGAUGACAUCAAAGAGUAUAAAUUCCGAGAAUCUCGCUUGCUGCAAGAUUACACUGAACUUGAGGAAGAGAACAUCUGCCUUCAGAAACAAGUGUCUAUUCUGAAACAGAACCAAAUUAAUCAAAAUGUUGAGAUCCAGAGAGGUCGCUUACGAGAUGACAUCAAAGAGUAUAAAUUCCGAGAAUCUCGCUUGCUACAAGAUUACACUGAACUUGAGGAAGAGAACAUCUGCCUUCAGAAACAAGUGUCUAUUCUGAAACAGAACCAA